GGUGUUUCUGAUCUGCCUCCGCUCCCUUCUCUCUCUCUCUCUCUCUCUCUCUCUCUCUCUCUCUCUCUGUCUCUCUGCAGGAAGUCUCUUGUGAGGAGUUAACAUUUCUAGAACAAGUCAGACGGAAAGGGUCAGGGAAUUGUUAGCGCAUCCCAACACUGCAUUUUAAAUGAUGGGACCGAAAGCGACGUUGAGCCUGUGUACUUUUAUUUUCUUCUUGCUUACCAUUCCCGGAGACGUCAGCUGCAGCAAAAAGAAAAGAGGACCGAAAGUAACUGCAAAGGUGUUUCUGGACAUCCAAGUGGGAGAACACGAGGUGGGAAGAAUAGUAAUCGGGGUGUUUGGAGAAGUUGUGCCCCGGACGGUGAACAACUUCAUAGCCCUGGCGACCGGCGAGAAAGGUUAUGGAUAUAAAGGAAGUAAAUUUCACCGGGUCAUAAAGGAUUUCAUGAUACAGGGAGGAGAUUUUACUGCUGGAGAUGGAACAGGAGGUAUGAGCAUAUAUGGCGCAACCUUUCCAGAUGAAAACUUUAAAUUAAAGCAUCUGGGAGCUGGCUGGGUAAGCAUGGCCAAUGCAGGACCUGAUACCAAUGGCUCCCAGUUUUUUAUUACUUCAGCAAAAGCACCUUGGCUGGAUGGCAAGCAUGUUGUGUUUGGAAAGGUCCUGGAAGGAAUGUCUGUAGUACACACAAUUGAACUCCAGGACACGGAUGACAGGAAUCGACCCUUCCAGGACUGUGUUAUAAUUAACAGCGGCAAAAUUGAUGUUAAAGAACCAUUUGUGGUUGAACUGGAUGGUUGGUAGGAUAACAUGUGGAACUGCUGCAUGGUAAAAUGGCCUGAAGCCCCAAUAAACAUAUGAUUAACCUGAAGUAAAUAGAUGAUCUAAUAAUAUGCACAGCUAGAUGAUGUUUGUUUACUUUGGUCAUGUAAGAUGCUUCUGUUGUAUUCUGCUGUAUGACUGUUUUCUAAACAAAUAAAUAAAAAGUUAUGUUCUAUUUUUCUUUUUUUUUUUCCUUUUUUUGAAUAGAUAAAUGUACUCAAAGUAAACUAUAAUUGCAGUUAGGCAUUUUAACUUGUCAUUAUUCUGCACAAUGAUUUAUAUUGUAAAAAAAUGUUUAUACUGUGUGACAGGCGGUCACGGCCAUUACCUGGCCGGGAUGCCAAUGGAAUGGAAGGAGCAGGGGGGAGAGCAUCUGUGAAGCAGUACCUCCUCUGGUACGCUAGAAGGCAGCCCUCCUGGGCGGCUGUGGCACCACAGAGCUUUAGUACAACCCUGUUGGGUUCCGUGGGGGCUGCCAGGGAGAGCUGUAGAACCCAAUACUGGACUUCCACCACAUCUAAGAGCGAUUCAAGGUAACACUGAUGAGCCACCUGGAGCACUCCAAGGAGCGUAAUAAAAGGAGCCACCUCACUACACGGGGGGAGCCAGAGUCGGGAGGAAGUAGGCGAAGCUUGCCAGGAGAGGAGUGGAGGCAGAACAAGGAAGCGAGAAGGAAGAAAGGGUGAUAUCAUUGUGUUGUGCUUGGGAACUGUGAUAAUGUGGGGAACGAGGCAAAGCUGUCUCUCACGGGAAUAAAUGUGUCUUGUGUGCUGAA